AUGGAUAUCCCUGUGCAAAUAGCCGUAAGGCUAAAGCCUCCAAAUUUGGAGGACUCAUCGCAGUGCAUAUUUAGCAAUCCUGUUACACAAAUUGUAAUCACUGAGAGUGGACAGACAUUUCAUGUGAACCGUGCUUUGCCAGUGGAUUGCACUCAGGCAAACCUCUUCAACUCGUUCAUGAUACCACAGAUCAACUGUUUCUUGGAUGGUUGUGAUACUUCAGUCGUUGUAUUUGGUCAGGCUAAGACAGGCAAAACUUACACAUUAUUUGGACCAGGAUUUGAAUGUAUCCACAGUGAAUGUGACCAGGGAAUUGUGCCUCGCUUUUUAUCUGAAAUAUUCCAUAAGCUCAAUCAGAUGCCAGAGAGAGAAUUUAUACUACACAUAACUUGGAUGCAAGUAGUUAAUAAUAACAUAUUUGAUGUACUGGGAGCAGGGUUAGUGAGGUGCUGCAAUGUUGAAGAGGCAUUCCAGUAUUUACAGUUGGGAUGGCGGCAGAGGUGUCAAGGAAACAACCACACCGUGUUCACAGUUAGUGUUGAACAGAAAUGGGUCAGCACCAAUGGUGUAUUAAAUCAUAGAAUGUCUACUGCAAGCUUCUGUGAUCUUGCUGCCUACCCAGAACCAGGUCUAUUUGCCCUGGAGAACAUCAUUAAAGAACUUCUAGCAGGCAACCCACCAAAACAAAUAAACUAUGAUCAAUGCAUUCUCACAGCAAUGCUUAGAGACUCCUUUGGUGGCAGAGCUUUCACUUGGGUUAUUGGCUGUAUAAGUGCAGAACCAGAAGACUAUCAGGACACACUGAAAACUUUAAACCUUUGUUUGUGCUGCAGAGGCAUCAAGAAUUUUGUUACUGUCAACCUAUUUGCUGACAAUAACACUCCUGUGUAUACAGAAAAAUCAGUGUUACCACAUGCAGACAAUAAUUUUAAUUUACAAUUUGCCACAACCCAGUGGAUUAAGCUUGUCUCAAAUGCAGAGGGGCUUUUUAACAAAAUUCUUCAGUCAAAGUCCUUGUCUGAAGCAGAUAUUAAUCAAGUCAGUGAAUGGUUGUUCUUAAAAGCUGAAUGUGAUGAAUGUUUGAAUGGUGAUGCUGGUGUAGAUAAUAAAGAUGCAAAUAUAAAACAAGGUCUGCCUAGGAUUGCUGAAGACACGGAGCCUAGUGAACCCAGUGAAUCAGAUGUGGACUCAGAUUCAGAGGAAGAUACUCAUUCUGACACAGUAUUUCAGGACAAACUUGAGAAAUUUAUGGAGUAUUUUAGAGAAAAGAAUGACCAACUGUUUGCAGACAGAUGCGAGGAAUACUUGAACCACAUUGACUCUGAUGAUAUCACAAUAUCAGAAUUAAGCGGAUCACAGUCUUUGCCUGUGAUGACAUCUCAAUCAAAUUCUGGGCGCAGAAGGACUAUACAACCUGGUGAAAGUCUGUCUGGAGCUGAGUUAGAGUUACUGAGAAAAGUUGCAGCUAAAGCAAUCUCACCUGAAUCUCAAAAGAUACUUAUAGAAUCUCACAAAAAGGAUGUUGACCCAGAACCAAAGUUAAUUGAGAGAGAAUUACUCAAAAUGAUUGAUACCCCAAAGACUGAUGAAAUAUGCAAGAAGUAUAAAAUGACAAAAGAAAAAUAUACUCAAAAGCAAAUACUGGCAAGAAAGCUUUCAAAAGAAAUAGGAAGCAGCCAGUCACAGCUAAAAGAACUGAUAAAUCUGUGUAUAGCCAAAGAGAGACUGAUAAGUGACUUGUCUAAAUCAAUAAGUCACACACAAAACAAGCAUUAUUCUGAUAAAAUAGAGAGUAGUUUGAUUGACCAAGACACAAUGAGAGAGAUAAAGAGGCAUGAGACCAACCUCAAAACUUAUAAAAAGCAAAUUGAGCAAAUCAAAAGACAAAUAAAGAAAGAUGAAAAACAUAAAAAUACAUUAGAUGUAGAGCUUGUUAAAGACAAGUUGAAGCUUGAUGACCUCUCAGAUACUUCAGUAGAUGUUAAGGACAGGAAAACACACUCACUAAAACAUUUUACACAUAGAAUUACUCAAUUAGACAGUAUUUUGAAAGAAAAGACUAAUGAUUUGGAGACUUUAGAGAUGUCCAAAGAAAAGGAAUUAUUAUUAAGGAAAGAAAUUAAAAACCUGAGGAAGACAAGGGAAUGUUUGCAUGAACAGAGAUGCAGUUUAGGCCAUAAGAGAAAAAUGUACAAAUCUCUGUCAGAUUCUGAGGAACGCAAACUCCUGGAAUGUGAAGAAGCGAUAGAAGCAAUAGACACGGCAAUAGAAUACAAAAAUAAUUUAAUUUGCGGCAAAUCACCAUCAGCUUCUCUAUCAGAUUCUCAAGAUAACAAGGACUCUAGGAGUAGAGGGGAACAAAUGUUGAUGGCGCGGCUUGACAAACUAUCGCACGAUGAAAUGAAAACACUGCUUUAUAGGUACUUCCAAAAGGUGGUGGAUCUGCGAGGAGCGUGCGCGGCGUUGGAGGCUGGCGUAGCUUCUGCUAGCGAAGAGGCCGCAAUAUGGCGCGCACGCGCUGCUGCAGCUUGGAGGCAUGCCCAACGAUUGAGACCACACGCCCACUCCAGACACUUCCAGUCCAUACAUAGAUGCCUGGACGGAGGUAAUGCAGAAAGGGCCCUGUCUUUGGGCAUCACUACUGAUUCAGAGACAUCUGAUGAUGCCAUGAGAUUGGUCGAUCGUAUGAAGCAGCAGCUUGCGCGGUGUCCAGCACCGCCACAAAUACCUAGUCAAAACCUCCGACAGCUGAUGCCAGCAACAAACCUACCAGUGGCCAAGGUGACGAAGGAGAAAAACAAGCUAAUCAUAGUACAACAAAAUAAAAAGCACUGA